CAGUUACUUCCGCAUAGGUGUUUAGGAGCAAUAGGUUCCGUCUGUGGCUGACAGCCUGUAUGUAACUAGCCGGAAGUGCUGUGUGAUCAGUGAUUCUGGAUGGUGACAGUGAUGUUAUCAGCAUGUACCCGUGCCUGUGUGAUGUGCUGCAGCUCCUGGUUGCACUGGUAGCCCUGGUGUUAGUUGUGAUUGUUGUUAUAGCUCACAUAACUGCCAACAAAAUGCCAAAUCUGCAUCGUUUUGAGGAAGAAAAAUUUUAUGUUGCCACAAAUGGUGAAAAAGAGCCCUUCCCUAGUAUUCAUGACUCUCCAACAAAGGAGCUUUCUGUUGUUGUCCCUUCAUACAACGAGGAAACACGGCUACCUUUCAUGAUGGAUGAAGCGUUGGAAUUUCUGGAAAAAAGAAAGAAAAAGAGAAACACAUUCAGUUAUGAAGUUAUCGUGGUUGAUGAUGGAAGCACUGAUAAAACAACAGAGGUUGCCUUAAAAUACUCCAAGCAGUUUGGUACUGAUAAAGUGCGAGUUCUCACAUUAAAAAGGAAUCGGGGCAAGGGAGGAGCUGUCAGAAUGGGAGUCCUUGUAUCUCGGGGGAAGACUAUUCUAAUGGCUGAUGCUGAUGGUGCUACUAAGUUUGCAGACGUUCAAAAUGUAGAAGUUGGGCUUGAAUCCUUAAAACCAUGGCCGGAUAAUAUGGCUAUAUCUUGUGGUUCACGAGCUCAUUUGGAGAAAGACUCUAUAGCACAGCGAUCAAUGUUCAGGACAGUUCUUAUGUAUGGUUUUCAUUUCCUUGUAUGGUUCUUGUGCGUUCGUGGAGUAAAAGACACACAGUGUGGAUUCAAGCUGUUUACUAGAGAGGCUGCGGCCCGUACGUUUACAGCUCUUCAUGUAGAUCGAUGGGCAUUUGAUGUAGAGCUGCUAUAUAUAGCUCAGUUACUAAAGAUUCCAGUGACAGAAGUUGCAGUAAAUUGGACAGAAAUAGAAGGAUCUAAAUUGGUUCCUUUCUGGAGCUGGUUGCAAAUGGGACGAGAUCUACUAUUUAUACGAUUACGAUAUCUUACCGGUGUCUGGAAGAUUGAUACAACUGGGAAAUUAAAUUAGAUUAUAGACUUAAAUUUUAUUAUGACUGUUGCAACAUGAGUCAUGUGGUGAUCCGGUAAAUGCAGAGAGACUCUAUUGUAUAUACAUGGAUGUUUCUGUUAUGUCUUCAGGUGUUGGUAUUAAACUGUUUCUUAUA